CUUAAACCUUUUCUCCCCUCCUCUCAUAUACCGUCCUCUUCCUCUCCCGGCACCUCCGCCACUUGAUCUGUUCCUCUUCUUUGCAUCAUCACAUCUUCUCACAAUGGCUUCUGUUACCCGUCUCAGCAACGCUGCCCUGCGGGCUACCCUCCGCUCCUCUCCCGUCAAUGGCUCUGCCUUUAACGCUGUGCGAUGCUACUCUGCCAAGACCCAGACCCUGAAGGAGCGAUUCGCCGAGCUGCUCCCCGAGAAGAUUGAGCAGGUCAAGGCCCUCCGAAAGGAGCAUGGCUCCAAGGUUAUCGACAAGGUCACCCUCGACCAGGUCUACGGUGGUGCCCGUGGCAUCAAGGCCCUCGUCUGGGAGGGUUCCGUCCUCGACGCUGAGGAGGGUAUCCGAUUCCGUGGCAAAACCAUUCCCGAGUGCCAGGAGGUUCUCCCCAAGGCUCCCGGUGGCAAGGAGCCUCUUCCUGAGGGUCUCUUCUGGCUUCUCCUGACCGGCGAGGUCCCCACCGAGCAGCAGGUCCGCGACCUCUCCGCUGAGUGGGCUGCCCGCUCCGACCUCCCCAAGUUCGUCGAGGAGCUCAUCGACCACUGCCCGACCGACCUCCACCCCAUGGCCCAGUUCUCUCUGGCCGUGACCGCUCUCGAGCACACCUCCAGCUUCGCCAAGGCCUACGCCAAGGGUAUCAACAAGAAGGAGUACUGGGGCUACACCUUUGAGGACUCCAUGGACCUCAUUGCCAAGCUCCCCAACAUUGCUUCGCGCAUCUACCAGAACGUCUUCAAGGGUGGCAAGGUCGCUCCCAUCCAGAAGGACAAGGAUUACUCGUUCAACUUUGCUAACCAGCUCGGCUUCGGCGACAACGCUGACUUUGUUGAGCUCAUGCGUCUGUACCUGACCAUCCACACUGACCACGAGGGUGGCAACGUCUCUGCCCACACCACCCACCUCGUCGGCAGCGCUCUCAGCUCUCCCUUCCUCUCUCUGGCUGCCGGUCUUAACGGUCUUGCCGGUCCCCUGCACGGCCUGGCCAACCAGGAGGUGCUCAACUGGCUUACCGAGAUGAAGAAGUCGAUUGGCGACGACCUCAGCGACAAGGCCAUCACCGACUACCUCUGGUCCACCCUCAACGCCGGUCGCGUUGUUCCCGGUUACGGCCACGCUGUUCUCCGCAAGACUGACCCCCGCUACACCGCCCAGCGCACCUUUGCUCAGCAGAAGAUGCCCGACGACCCCAUGUUCAAGCUCGUCAGCCAGGUCUACAAGAUCGCCCCCCAGGUUCUCACCGAGCACGGCAAGACCAAGAACCCCUACCCCAACGUCGACGCCCACUCUGGUGUCCUCCUCCAGUACUACGGUCUCACCGAGGCCAACUACUACACCGUCCUCUUCGGUGUGUCGCGCGCCAUUGGUGUCCUUCCCCAGCUCAUCAUCGACCGCGCCUUCGGUGCUCCCAUUGAGCGACCCAAGUCUUUCUCCACUGAGAAGUGGAUCGAGCUCGUCAAGAAGCUGUAAGGGGAUAAAAGCAAAAGGGGAAAAGGACGAGGACGGCAUGUUGUGGAAUACGAGGAGGACAGCCAGGAGAUGGGCAGAAUGGAUUGCCAACUCGGUGGCACUUGUACAAUACAACGGGACUGUUUUCGUUUGGUAAUGAGAAGUCGUCGCAGGAGCGGCGAUUGAAAUGAAAUGAUUUCCAGUUUAACUAUUUGCCUACAUUGAUGCCUGUGAGAAAUGAAUGAAUAUCUUGAUCAAUUGAAGGUCUUGUGAAGCAUGAAUUAUUGAAUUCUAAUUUACUAUCGUAUUAUCAUGACCGUUGAUGCAAAACGGAUUGUGUGCCGAUCACUUACCAUCCCGCAAUGGCGUCCGCCAUGUCUUUAAAUUUUUGACUCGCGCGCAAGCGUUGACCCCAAAGCUUCAAUUCAACGGUACCUGAGCCAUCGGUACUAAGAUCAAGCCAAGUGCAAGUACCGACCAUGAGGAGCUCGCGCACAGGCCUUUCUUUGGCCCCAAAAGCUUUCCCCUCCAAAAGUGCGAAAAAAAGGCCCCCUUGUCGCAAAACAGAAACAAGAAAAAAAAGCUCGGUGAGAGAUUACACCGAUGGAAUCCGGGGGUGGUUCAGGGGUUGGUUGCUCAACACUCAGCAGUUGGGUACAGAAAUGUGGAGGGGCGUUGAGGGGACGAGGGUCCUAAUUCGAUGGAUGGGUUUCAGCUCCUGGCAGGGAUAGAAAGAAGCUGUUUGUUGUGUUGGAGUUUUUCGAGGCGGUGGCUGAGGUUGAUACCUAAACAGGUAAUUGAAGGAUGG